CAGUACACGAACAGGUAGAUGAAAGGAAGGAGGGCUUCUGUGUUUGCAUGGUCUCAGGUCAAGUAUGAAUGUAUUCAUGUGCUCUGACAACAUGAAUUCCUUCCUUGGGAACUUAGUGCAGCAGUAAGUUCUUCAGUCUCUGCUCAUACCUAUUUAUUUAUGCCCUGGCUCAUAUCCAGAAAACAUGCCUCACACUCCAUUAUAUUUAUUGGUUUUAUGCACAUGGGUAAGAAUUGCAUGUUCAGAUUCUUCUUCGGCUUUUUUAGCAUUUCUAAGUACUAAGCAACUGCUGUGAAAUUGUUGUGAGCUAGAAUUAGGAGCUUGGGCUGCAGAAAAUUUAUUAGUUUAGUUGGAUAACUUUUAUUGGCAUGAGUAUAAAACAUCUACUGUGUGACACUGCUUUUUUAAUAGCACAUCUAUUAAGGUGCUUGAGCACUUUGUUAUGGUUGACUGAAAUCACUGAGCUCUGCAAGAGUAGAGGAAGUUCUACUUUGUUUAUAUGCUUCCACUAUCCCCUCUUGUAAGCCCCUCUUCGUCCAUUUGGGCCUUUCGUCUCUUAGAUGAAGAACUGGGUCACCAGAGGCACAAGACUUAAGUAUUUGAGCUUUAGUUUGACUUGAAACUGGGGACAAAAGCAAUAUUGGCCACUCAUACUCAAAGCUGUAACUAACACAGUUUUUACGUAGCUGUGGUUUGCGGGGCCUCUGUUUUCUCCAGUUGCUGUGGGGUAUCGUAUUAGUCUGGGUACCUGGGUUGGCAUCUACAAAUGCAUCUUAAAUCUGAGUGCCAUGGACAGAUUCUGUAAUGCAGCACAUUUGCUAAUGAAAUAUUAGUAUAUGCAAGCUUUUUUUUUUUAGUUUCCAUCUGGUACCAGUACACAGAAACUUGUCAUCAUUGUUAAGAGGAUCUUGCUCUAUAAAAUGCAGAUUUUUUUCAGUCGCAACUGUUCAAAAUGUUCCUGGAUCUGAAGGGUUCUUCAGGAAGAGGGGAUGUUGUUUGUUUUGCUUUUUCUCUGUCUUUGCUUAAUUAGAUUCUUCUUUUUUGCACUGGGACUUGUAAAAGUUAUCUUUAAGGUUCCUGUCCUCAAACUUACCAUGGCAAACAUGAGGACUUUCCAUUGUCUUAUGUUAGAAAUUCUUUAUAACCUGUCUUGUAACAGAAAUGCCUAUAAAUACUACAAAAUAUAAAAUGCAAAUUGAAUAUGCUAAAGGACUUCCCUGCUAAUGCCUUUCUUUCCUCCAGCUGCUCAUGCAUCAUUUUCAGGUUUCAGACUGCUUAUGAUAAAGGACAUCCUUCUAAAUGUUGUUCUUCAGGUCUCAACAUCUUGGCUUUCAAAAUAGUAUUGAUCCUGAUUUGAGUCUCAGAUGUGCUUUUCAAUAUCAGGUGUUUUAAAGAAUAAACACUUGAAAUACAUCACUCAGGGGUAGUCACGCUUGCUAAAUCUUGCACAAUCGUGUUCUUGAAUAGCUUGGCUUCGCUGCGUGUCUGUGGCUACGCAUACGCAUAUGGAAAAUUACUGCUGUAUACCACUUCAUGUGUUUGUUGUUGAGAAGUCCAUUCCUGUGCCUACCAUGGAACUUUUGCAGGCAGGCUUGCUUCUGUAGGCACCUUAAUUCAUACCUUGCAUCAGUUUUCUCUGGGGCUGGGAAACAUCUUUCCUCUUUCUACCUCAGUGCUGGGCUGACAUGUAGCUCUCUAUAGACAUAACUGCUGCUGAGCAUGCUAAAAUGGACAAGGGGGAAAAACGAGUAUGACGUAAGAUAUUUCCUUUCAUUAAAAUCGCUUUUGUACUUUUAGACCUUCAUUUGUCUGCUUAGUCUGGUGCACAAUAAGACAUUUGGCCCUCUUGGGUUGACUGACUGAUGCUUUAACAAGAGCCCUGUGUUUAUAUUGCUCUACAUAUUGUUACAGAAAUAAAUUAACUUAAGCUUCCCAAAUGAGCCAGCAAUGAGAAAACAAAACACGUUGGUUUACCCUUGCAGCAGCAACAUAAUGAGAAAAAUGCCGUCCGAGGCUGGAAAAACUGAGUGUUUCACAGGACAGUUUCUCAAGGGCAGCACAACGUUACCUCAAACAGCAAAUGCAGCCCCACUGCAUGGCAUCCAUCACGUGAUAUUAAAAACGUGGAGUCUUGCCCUAGGGAUUUCUGAAAUCAGCUUAUGUUGUAAUGAAUGACAACUUGGAGUAUUCACAUACAGGUUUUUCCUCUUGAUCUGAUUAAAUUUAUAAUGGACUUCAUAUACAAGUACUGUGGGUUUUUUUUUUUGUGUGUGUGUGUGUGUUUUUCCUGUCUGGUGACUUAUUCUACAGUAGGUAGAGAUUAUUAUUUUUUUUCCUUUGAAUGAAAUAGAGUAGGAAAAAGAAAGCAAUUAAGAUUUUCUCCCCAGUGAAGAAAUAUAUGGCUCUCAUACACCUGGAGAACAUCUGGCAAGAAUAUAGCAAUACUUGAGAUUUACACCUUCGUGUGCCAAUGCAGGAGGUCUCCAAGUUGGCCUAUGGUAUUUAUCUAAGCAGAUACUGAGAAGUACGGUGUCAUUGGGUGUAUUCUUGGCAAACUCCAAGCCUGCAUGUGAAAUGUGAGAUCUCAGCAGAAGCACAUUGUAGUUUAGCAACUUUGCAAGAGUGCUGUUUUUAUCACUGCCCUAGAAGAUACAGUAAUAAGCUGAAGCUCUUCUGUUCUGGAUGCUGCAACACAUACUUUGAUGGUACUGCUAUGUGGAUAUUUGUUAGCAAUGACUGAUGUGGAAUCUACAUAUGCAGACUUUAUUGCUUCAGGAAGAACAGGUAGAAGAAAUGCACUACAUGACAUACUUGUGUCCUCUCCAGGUGGGAACUCUAGUGAACUAGCCUUAAAGUUAUCAGAGCUUGAUAUAAACAAAGCAGAAGGAGAAGGAGAUGCACAACGAAAUCCAAGUGAGCAAACGGGGGAGGCCCAAGGGGAGGCAGCAAAGCAAGAAAGCUGACAUCCGACUUUGACCGACUGGAGCAACUGCUGGAUGUUUUCAGGCUACAAGAGCAUGCUGGAACAAAUUUGUUUCCAUGAGCAAGCUGGUGGAAAAGCAAGUGCAUGUGUCUUCACUGCUGGAACCCAGUCAACACAAUGCUAAAAAUGGGGGUACAAGCUGUGGCAGAAGACAGAAUUUUCUCUACCUCUGUCAUUAGCAAUGGUUGAACAUGUAUUGAUUUUUGGGGUAGUGUCAUCAGAUGGAUCCCUUCAUAAUGACUACUUGAUGGGAACACUUUUAGAAAGUAGAACAAACAGGUAAAUCUUGUAGCAAAUGGCCUUUGAAACAUCAGAGGAUCUAAUAGUGUAUCUUAAGCAAAGGCUUGUGUGAUCCUCAGAGUUUAAAAUUCUCUGGCCAAAGUGUUCACCCAUUAAAAGAACUGUAAAGAAAGCACUGUUUUUAGAACUUUGCGUCUGUUUUACAGCUCUGUUAUUUACAAUGGUUUUUGUAUUGUAUGACUUAGAUGCUCCACACUGCCCCUUCUCAACUGCUUAUGAAGAAUAUUUCUGUUACUGUGAAUUUUUCUACCACGCGUUUUGAAAGGGCUGGUUUUUUUGCAUAAUGUGGUGAUGUGCACAUGAUAGAUUUAAAACGUCAACCGCUAAAUUGAUUAUGCCUAAACCUAAAUGACUCAGCAACACUCUAAUUUGUUACUAGAUAAGCCUUCAAAACGAUUCAUUAAUGUGAAUACUUCGGUGUGUUUUGUGUCCUUGGUACAUUUUUGCCACUUGCCUGUAGUUAGUUGCAUAUCAGAGACUCAAAUCGAAUCUUUGAUGUUAUUCUUCCCCAUUUUCUAAUUUUACUCCCAAUUUCUUAAUCUUUCUCCAAGCUAUUUUUUUAAAAUGUUAGUCCUAGUAUUUUAUUGUAAUGGUAGUUUUAAGAAUACAUUUAUAACCUUAUAUGGGUUAAAAUUCAAACAAAUUCCAUGGUGCUAGAGAUUUUUCUGGUUCACAUUGUUAAAGAUGGUCCUUGUAUACACAUGGGAAAAUAAGUGGCAUAGGUUAUGGCCAAUUAUCUAUUCUGGAAUGAGUUUUAGAUUGCAGGAUAGUCCAAGUAGUGGAUCAUCAACCAGGUCCAGCCAGGGGAACUAACUUUUUCUACUCCUUGGCUUUGCGUCAGUUGAGCAGGCUGUUGAGUUUGCACAUCCAGUAGCCUGUUUACUGAUGUACCAGACACAGCCAAGUGCUAGAAGCUGCCCCAGCAGCCUUUUGGUCAGGUUGUGGAAAAGGAUGUUGAAAGAGUUAGAAGCUAGCACCCAAAAUACUAGAUUUUUCCUAUUUCAGCAAUUCCAAAAUGGCAGUCUGAACUGGACAUUUACUGAAAUACCAGGUUAGCUUGUCCAUCCAGGGGACUACUUAAAAUACCUAUAAAUUAAUAACCUAUUCUGCCAUAGCUAUGCUGAUUGAUUUCCUUCCCACCCCUGCCCCAGCAGACAAGGCCAUACAUGAGGCUGAACUCUGCAAAAUGGGGCAGUUAUACUUGCGUGUGACUGAGGUGAGAAAAGAGAGUGACUGACUAGUAAACCAUGGCAAUCACAUAAGUACCAAUCGCAAAGUCAGAAGAUUUUUUUUCUUUUUAUUAACGGGAGGUGAUGUCACUUUCUUUAUAUAUAAUUAUAUAUAUAUUAUAUAUAUUUUUGUGUUGUUGUUGGUUUCAAAUGUUAUGCACUUUUUAAUGUUUGUAAACUUUUACUAAUGAAUAGUGUGAUUGCUUCCUGAAUAUAUUAAUCAUCAGUUAACAAAACAUAUUUGUGGCCACAGUUAUUUGUUUCUACCAUAUGUAUCAUAGUAUUUGUCACAUGAAAUUCUUUUGUGAGAUGUGUGGAGAAAAAAAAAACACUUCUGAUCAGUAUUAUGAGCUCAUUUAUUAAUGUUAAUAAAAAAACAAGCCAGCA